AGCACAUGAUAAAAAUGAAACUAAAAGUGGUGAGCUGUUAGCAAGACGUACCCCAGUAGCCUACUGUGAUGGACAGGAACUGCUAACCAAAACACUUAUAACCUUGAAGAAUACCGGCCAGUUAGAUGUGGGAACUGACAAAACUAUACAUGUUAAGCUGUUUGUAGACGCAGACACGAGCUCCACUAAAGUGGCAGUCAAUGUGCUAAACCAGCCUUCGUGUAACAGCUCGUAUGCCCACCCAAUGCUGGUGUACACCGAAGCUCCGGACCAUCGCAGGAACAUGGAGGUCAUAUUUAAGGUGGUUAACCGGGACCUACCACAGCUCAAGAACUUUGUCUUCUGUGGAGCACAUGUGAAGAUGAUUCUCUGUGCAGACACAAAGGCACUGUGGGCUAUGCUGGGUAUGGGCAGCAAUGGGACGUUCCCCUGUCCACUGUGCGAGGUACAUAAAGACCUGAUGCAAGUACCCAGAAGCCAGAGAGCUCUCUGCAAGCCCCGAACUUUUGCGGGAAUUAUGCAGAACUUUGAUGCUAAUAUGAGAAUGACUCAGUGUAACCCGAGAUCCCAAGCCCAGUUUAUGAAUGUUGCUUCACGACCCAUCACAGACUGUUUCGGGGAGGAUUCUGAUUAUCUCAUAAACUGGGUCGCUGUUCCGUUCUUGCACAUAAACAUCAAAGUCGGGACUUUUCUGUGGACAGAGUACGGUAAACUGUGCGAGGAGAUAGACUUUGUACUCGCUUGCAAUGUGGCAGACGGGUUUCUUCCCAACAGCUACAGCAGUACGACAGACUUUGGAGCCAUGAUUCUGCGCAUCGAACAAGGUAACCGUGUGGCCUCGAAGUGCAACAGUGGGCCCCUUUCCUCGAAGUAUGAGCAAUAUUUGAGGGGCAUCAAUGUCACUCCUGAGGCAUACCAUGGUGUGUCCCUGACCGGCGUGAGAGCAGGAUAUUUGGUUAAAGCCAAUCACACUCAAUUUUGGACAGACCACUUCUAUAAAAACGAGAAGAUAAGACCACAGGACAAGCUGCACUUUCAGCAACGGCUCCUUGCACUGGAUCGCAUUAAGUCCUCGUAUAGAGAUCUCUUAGUUCUCGGUGGCAAAAGUGGGAAAGUGAAGAGUCCCCGUGAGAUCGAAACUCUUGUCAAGGCCAGGGACCUCUUCUUGGCAGAGUACCGAAAGUUUGGUCAGUCCACAUCGGUGAAGAUACAUCUCCUUGAAGACCACUUUUUGGAGCAGAUACAGCUCUGGGGGAUGUUUUCUGGAUCUUUCAAUGAGCAAGGUGGUGAGAGUACUCACUCCCUUUUUAAGAAUCACGAACACAUGACAAACCAUGUUCGUAAUGACGAAGACCGAGUUGUGAAAAAGUGCGAGCUAGCAACACGGAAAUACCUGUUGAAAGUGAAAUCCAAGCUGUGUGACUGAAAUGGGUCAAUCAUGA